CAGAACCGCUUCUCUGUGAAAGCAGCCAGCUGGGGGGUUUGCAACAUGGCGCCAGUCCGUGCAUUUUAAUAAUAACGCGUUGCUAUUUAGGGAUGGGAAACACAAUACAAGACUUUGUCCUCGCCGCGUCCGAAUGACAAUUGCGUCCAGCCCGAGUAACACAGCACAGGUGCAGGCUGAGGUAGCACCACCACAGGUAUUGUCCGCUGUGUGUGCCAGCCGCUUCCACUGACCCUCAGACUGACCGAGGAAAAACCAUGACAGCAAAGCCGGUCCUGCGACGCGGCUUCCAGUGAGAGCCAACACGGGGGCAGAUACCGCGGCUUUCCCGUGAACGAUGUAGCAGUCCGGACUGGUCCUUCCUUUCUUUUCUUUCUUUCUGUCUUUUAUUUAUCUAUUUAUUUAUUAUUAGUAUUAAUAAAUUCGCUCCUUCUCAACGAAGACCGCAAUAUUACUAUAGGCUGGCAGUAGAAGACUACUACCAAAUACAGCACUGAACCCCAUUCGCACAGAGGAUAAAGCGGGACACUGACAAAAUUAUUCUGCGAUACUGACAACGUGAGAUACAGCACAGAAAAGGGACAUCAUAAGGCCAUCCCAUCAAAGAGCCACAUCUUUGACUGGCCCUGAUAGAGGGUUCCACAGUAGAUAUUGAUUUUCUGACAGUUAUCUUUGAAUGAAUUCCUGAUUUGAGCUGUCUGUGACCUGUGCCACACUAGCUUCCAUUAGGAGCAGCUAAGAGUGAAGAUGUCUCGGCUGAAGAUCUUUCUGGUGCUUCUUGCUGUGAGCUGCCUCAGUUUGAUGCUGCACCAAGGAGGGCAUUUCAACUGGAAUGUCAUGUCGUUCCACUUAUCCUGUCCGUUUCACCGCUCCCCCCCUCCUCAGUCGACGAAGGCCAAGCACACCAGCAUCGCCUUCCUGAAGACGCACAAGACGGCGAGCAGCACGGUGCAGAACAUCCUGUUCCGCUUCGCGGAGCGUCACAACCUGACCGUGGCCCUCCCUCUCCAGGGCUACGACCACCAGUUCCGCUACCCCUGGAGCUUCUCGGUACGCUUCGUUCACCCGCACACCGUCCCUGCCCAGGUCAUCACCAACCACAUGCGCUUCAACCAGCAGGAGCUUCGCAAGCUCCUGCCCAACGACACCCUCUACCUCACCAUCCUGCGAGAGCCAGCCACCAUGUUCGAGUCUCUCUUCAGCUACUACAACCAGAACUGCGCCAGCUUCAAGCGGGUCCCCAACGGGUCCCUGGAGGCCUUCCUGGCGGAGCCUCAGCGCUAUUACAAACCCGACGCGGGCAACUCCAUGUUCGCCCACAACACUCUCCUCUUCGACCUCGGAGGGGAGAACGAUCACAGCCCGGCGGACGACUCGUACAUCACCGGCUUCAUCAAGCAGAUGGACGAGAUCUUCUCCUUGGUCAUGAUCUCAGAGUACUUUGACGAGUCCCUCGUUCUCUUGCGGCGCCUGCUCUCCUGGGACCUGGAAGACAUUCUCUACGUGAAGCUCAACAUGCGUACCCCGGAAUCCAAGCUGAAGAUGAGCCCCGAUUUACCCGGGAAGAUCCGGAAGUGGAACUCCCUGGACGCCAAGCUCUACGACUACUUCAACGCCACCUUCUGGAAGAAGCUCCAAGCCCUGGGGCUGGAUUGCGUGGAGAAGGAGGUGGAUCUCCUAAGGCAAGCUCAGGACAGGCUGAUCAGGGGCUGCUUUGGCGGCAGCCUCCCCCAGCUCCGCUCCUCAUCCCAGAUCAAGAACAAAGACCUCCGGCCCUGGCAGCCCAGCUCCAAAGUGGCCAUCGUGGGCUACGACCUUCCGUACAACUCCACCCGCAAUGCGGCCUCUGAUCCCUGCCUCAAACUCAUCAUCCCUGAGGUCCAGUACACCCGGCUGCUGCUGAGAAGCCAGUCUCUGCGUUACCGGAAGAACUACCCCCUCCGAGCGCCACCGUCCGUGGGAGUGAGUGCCGGUUCUGUCAGGCAUCUACCCAAGAGACCUAUCUGAUGGGCAGCCCCCUCUUUCUCCGGACCUUCUCAGGAGGGGUCCAUGUUUCAAAAGCCAGCUCCUUGUGUUCUGUUUCCCCCACCUCCUCAAUCAUUAGCCUGUGGCAUGCAUACUGUGUUGCUUUUUAUUCUUCAAACUGCAUCUCUCUCUGUGCCACCCAAAAGCUUUCAAGUAAGUUAACUAUCAAGUCGGUCAAUAAAACUGCUUCCCGGACUGGGUUAUGGGGGACUGGGUGUUACGAGAGCAAAAACUUCUCUCUGGAAGUAAAGCUAAGGAUCCCUUCACCAAAUCCUUAAUAUUUGAAAUGUGUUAAAGGCAAUUGGAAACUUGUUUCUUUAUUAGACUUUAAGGGACGGAAUUAUGGUACGAAAAUUCAUUGAACAGUUAUGGACAGUGCAUUUCUUAUUGUACAUUUGACUCCAAGUACAGUAAACUUUUACUCACCCGAAACAUGGUAGUCUGAAUUUACCACGAGCCACAGUGAAAUUCAAGCUGGCAGCAGCUUUAGAAACUUCAAGAUCAGGUUUAAGUACCUAAAAAACGAUCAGCUGUAAUUUUCUAAGCUAAACAGACACAAUCCAUGCAUUUGAGACACACACCCUGCUAAUAAGACAUAUUACUGCAAGAGAUUACGAGACACAGACAUUGGUACAGAAGAGUACAAGACACGACAAACUCCAGAUAUCAUAUCCUCAGUAACCUUCUAUAAGCUUGCCUUCACACUGAGUUAAAGAAAAUACAUAGACAAAGCCUAGCGACAUGUAAAACAGAAUAACUGCACAUCAUGUUGCAACGCAGCCAGCAAUCCUAACAGACAGGCAGACAGCCAGGCAGGCAGACAGACUGAGCCCCAAUUCAAAUGGAUUUGAGCUCCGCUGCUGAUGGAAAUGAACAGGUCUGAUUUUAAACCAGUCUCAGCAGCAGAUGGAAACGCAGCAUGACGAAGCAAUUGGGUUUGGAUUGAGGAAGAUGGCCGGUGUGGGUUUUACUUAUUUAUUUAUUUAUUUAAAGGGGGAUUUGAAAUUCCUUGAAACGCUAUACUCAUAGGUCAACAACGACUCAUUACAGGGAGGUGAUAUCCGACACGAUAUCCUGUCUUAACGAAAAACCAAACCAGUGGCAACUACAGGAGCCAUUCAUUGGCCUGAUUUACAACGUGCUGUCAGUUUUCAUAAAUGUUUUGCAGCUUUCCAUCCAAUAUUUUUUUACUUGGUGUUUGUUACAAAGAAACAGCAGUUUAAUUUGCAUACUUGAAAAACGAUGUUUCUCCCCAAUUAAAGUACGUGGUGCUAACAACAUUUGCCAUCAUUUCGUAGGUCUCAGAUUUUAUGAAAAACGCACACAUUAUGGUAAAGGUUCAUUCGAUUUUUUUAAAUGGUAAUUUAAUUGAAGCUGUUGUUGGAGAAUAUUUAUCUGUCGCUCCUUGCAGAUACUCCAGUGCUACACAUUCAGUGAAUUUUAUAGAAAAUAUGCUUUUGCAGCCGAAAAAAACACAUCUCAUACUGUAGGCAGAACUUUUAUUAGUGUUCCAGAAUUCGUCAGAAUGCAAAUUCGCUAUUAAUCUUUCAGGGGUCCUUGAGAGAUACUUUAUUAAUGAAUCUGGAAUCCGCUUGCAGAUGCCUCUUUAGAAGACUGCGUAUGGAUCACAGAUUUUUAUGGAGCGCUUGUAACCUGAUGACACUGCACUGCAGUCAAGCGAGACAUUGAUUUAGUUGACUGAUGAGCUAAGCACAAAGAAACCUAAUAACUUCAAUGACAAACGUUUCGACUAGAAGUCUUUCUCAUUGUCUUCAGAACAAUGACAAACUAAAUCUGAAUUUAUUACAUUACAUUUACUUAGAGCCAUAUGUGUCUAUUCUAACUCUGUGUUCAGCAGGACCACUGCACCAGCUUUGUACAGUUGCAUUCACAGGGAAUAGAAGCCAGCGAGCUUAAUUUCUGUCUGUCUGCCCUGACGAUAUUUACUGGGAACAUAUUAGCAAGCAUUUUUGUAUCUGUUUUAUUUUUAUUACACACAGAUACAUUCUACAAAAACUGGAUAGGUAAAAAUACUGAAAGUGAAACUCCUUUUAUUCCAGCGGCCUUUGGACAAAAUAAUAGAAGCACCUGCCAUAACAUUGUCAAUAGGGUGUAGGUUGGGUCAAGCCCUGAUCUGAUGAUAAAGAAUUUCAAAAACACGCUGAGAGUUAUUUUCAAAAUUUGCACCAAAAAAAAAGGAUUUGGAGUAAAAUGUACUUCAUUUUUAAUGUAUGAAUCUGCUUUUGUAAGUUUUCUGUUUUUGCAGCUCUGUAAAUGCACACAGGAUUUAAAAACAUAUUUACUAAGACUUCAAAUGAACUCCUAAUUGCAGUGCAUAUCUAUAUAGUACAAAUAAAAAAAAAAUUCAAAAGUAUGUGCUACUGUAGAAACACUGCCUGGUCACUGUGUUGCUGUACCCACUAUUGGGUUAGCCAGCAUUUGUCCUGACGGUUUGGCACAGUAGUCAUAAAUGCAUAAUUUUGUAUUCAGUGGCAUUACCUUAAUACAGGGCUCCCCAACCCUGUCCUGAGGUUGUUGUUUUUUUUUUUUUUGGGGGGGGGGUUCAAGGGCCAGUUUGUUCCUCAGAUUGUCUGUUUUAUUCCAUGU